CAUAUGGCAAAACCAAUUUUGUUCAAUAUUAAAUUAAACAACUGUUUCCACCUUUGAGUUUUCAAGGAGAAAUUAUCUUAAACAAAAAUGCGAAUAUUCGUUGUUACCGAAAUAUGCGGAGAAGAUUAGAAAACACGGAAGUUAAACAAACGAGUUCAGGUUCAAGGAUAAUUCUGUCGAAAAAAUGGGUCAAAUAAUUACAAGGAGUGAAAAAGCACGUCGACUCUACGAAUAUUCUAAGUGGAGGAAAUUUUUGCAAAACGAAAUGAAUGCUACUGACAAAUCAUUGGCUGUGGCCUUGGAAGUUGUUGAAUUCUUGAAAGAAAAUUUUAGAGAAGAAGGAUUAUUUAGGUACUCUGGAAGAUGUGAUACAAGGCAGAAAAUAUUAACGUGCAUGAUUAAAGGUGACAAAGUGUCAAUCAAGCCUCUACUGCAAAGGAGCACUAUCAUAGAAUGUGCCUCAGCUCUUCAAACAUUCAUAAGAUAUUUGAAACAGCCGAUUAUACCAGUUCGGGUGCAACAACUCGUUUUAGCUGACAACCCUGGAAUCCCUGAAAACCUAGUGGCAUCAGAUGCUCUAGGGCUUCUUCAACAAGACCUUUCUGGGCCUCACUUGGAAUUACUACUUUCCUUGUUUGAACUUAUUUACUUGAUAUGCAGUAACUACCACAGGAACGAGUUCACGUGCGUCAGCCUGCCAAUCACUCUCUUGCCAACGUUUUUCAAUAUAAAGCAACCCUGGGGUCAGAAAUGGCGCCAAGUUGCAACGAGGUUCCACGAGUUGAUAAUCAAAGCGCCGGAGUGGAGCAGGCAGAAGAAACACUAUCUUUAUAACUCAGAUGCUCCCAUAGGCUACCACUCAUACAUCAACCUUCUAAGACAAAGAAUUGUAGCACAUUAAUAAUGGCACCUUCAAUAUUUCUACCAAGAUUUUUUUUCAUUGUAUUUCUAUGAUUAAAUUGGCUUUGUGAACUGUA